AUGAAGGAGGAAGCUAUAAGCUCCUCCGGGGACCCAUUCGUUCCUCCUAGCUCUACUUCACCCCCAAAUCCCACUCCGGCGGCGAGUUCUGCAGGGGCAUCAUCUCCUGCUGUUCCCAUAAAUGCUGGCAGCUCAGAUUGUUUUGGUCAAGGGCAUAAUACAAAAGGGAGUUCACUUUCUCGCAUGCGUUCGCAACCCAUGAACGUGUCAUUGAGCACUAGUGCUGGUGGUUCUACUCUUGGAUCAGCACAGCCUUCUUGCAGGCCCUGGGAAAGGGGUGAUUUAUUGAGGCGUCUCUCCACAUUCAAACCUGCAAAUUGGUUUGGCAAGCCUAAGGCUGCAAGUUCUCUAGCAUGUGCCAGGAAAGGCUGGGUGAAUAUGGAUGUUGACAAAGUUGAAUGUGAAUCUUGUGGUGCAACUCUAAAGUUUGUCUUGAUAGCUGCUUGGACUCCUGAUGAAGCUGAUGGUGCCGGAGAAGAAUUUGCAAAAAGGCUUGAUGAAGGGCAUAAAGUUACCUGCCCAUGGAUAGGGAACUGCUGUGCAGAAAGUCUUGUGCAGUUCCCACCUACUCCACCAUCAGCACUUAUUGGUGGUUACAAGGAUAGGUGUGAUGGACUGCUCCAGUUUCCUUCUCUUCCUCUUGUGUCGGCAUUUGCAGUUGAGCAAAUACGGGUAUCUAGGGGCCCAGAGAUUGAUCGCUUGCUGGCCCAGUCUCUGCUUGCGCGCAGUGAAUCUGGCAUAAAACUGGAAGUUAUAUUAGGAACUGAGAACCCUCGAGAUGAUGUUUUCUCCAUAUACACUCGUGCUCAGAAGCUGAUAAGCCUUUGUGGAUGGGAACCCAGGUGGCUUCCAAAUGUCCAGGAUUGUGAAGAGCAUUCUGCUCAAUCUGCUAGGAAUGGAUGCUCUAACGGUCCUUCCAGAUAUCGGGGUCCUCCCCGUGAUCCUAGUCCUUUAGGUACUUGCUCAAAAGCUGUAUCCAGGUCUCCAUUGUUGGAUUGUAGCUUAUGUGGCGCAACAGUGAGAAUCUGGGACUUCCUGACCAUCUCACGUCCUUCUAGCUUUGUUCCUAAUAGCACUGAUGUUCCAGAAAGUGGAAAGAAGACGACAUUGACACGAGGAGUAAGUGCAGCUAGUGGCAUCGAUGGGUGGGUGGCUGCAGAUGGUACAGAGAGGGACCAGGCAGAGGACCACGAUGAAGCUGCAACUGGUGAAGGAAAAUCAUUGUCAAAUGUCGGGGUGGAUCUAAAUCUUACCAUAUCUGCUGGAUUGUCUUCUUCACGACUGCACAUGAAUUUGACAUCUGAACAGUACCGAGAUGUUCAUAGAAGAAGAGAUCUAUUGACUGGGCAGCCUUCCGGUAGUGAGGUUGGUGAUCGUGCAGCUUCAUAUGAAUCACGUGGUCCCAGUUCCCGCAAGAGGAUCCUAGAUGAGGGUGGAAGCACUGUUGACACGCCACAGCUAUUGAUUCACCAAGCAGACAGUGUCGAAGGAACUGUCAUCGACCGUGAUGGUGAUGAAGUAGAUGGUGGUGGGCAGUACACUGGUGGCCCUUCAAAACGUGCCCGUGACUCUGGUGCGGGUCCUAGCCAGUUGCCCUAUGGAAAAGACUCCUUCGGUGCAGGUCCCAGCCGGUCAUUUGGCUUCGACAUUGGCGUCGGUGCUUGUAAAGAUGACUUUGAUCAGGGUCCUGAGCAAAUAAUUGGUUAUCCAUCCACCAGAGAUUCAGCACAUGUCUCCUCUGUCAUUGCAAUGGACACAAUUAAUCACGAUGCGAAUGAUGAUUCAAUUGAGAGUGUUGAGUACUUUCCUGGGGACUUUGAUGACAUACAUUUGCCUUCUACAUCGACAGUCAAGAACACAGAGGCCAAUGAGACAUCAGAACUGAACUAUAGUAACCAAGCGCAGCAAAGCACUUGCCCAGCAGUUGUGAGAAGUGCAGGUGAAAUAGGUGUUAGUAGUACAAAUGAAGAAGAAGUAGUGAAUGCGGAUACUGGUACUGCACAUGGGAAAGAUGGUCCCAGCUUUGGAAUUAGUGGAGGAAGUGUUGGAAUGGGUGCUAGCCAUGAAGCUGAAAUACAUGGGAUUGAUGCUUCUAUAUACAGAGCAGACAGUGUUGUCGGUGAUGUAGAACCUGUUGCUGAAGUAACUGACAACCAGGGUCAGACGGGUGAAUUUGGCCCAGAUCCAGGAUUAAUGGGUGAUUUUGUCCCUGAAGAAAUGGAUAGAGAGGACCCCCAAGGUGAUAGUCAAGAAUUGAUGUCUCAUACUAUAGCAAGGGCUGAUAGUGGCUCAAAAAUUGUGGGUUCAACAAAGGCAGAUUCUGUUGAAAGUGGAGAAAAGACAAGUAACAUGCAGGCCACCUCAUGCGAGAAUAGCCCUCAUCCUUCACUUUCUUGCAAUGCUGUUUUAUGUUCUGGCUUUGAAGCAUCCAAAGAAGAAGUAACUCAGGCUCCCAAUCUGACUACCGAUGACUGUGGAUAUGUUGAAUCAGGGUAUAAAUUUACAAAUGGAUCAGAACCUCCCAGUGGCGGAAACAACUAUGACGAAGUACUUGAGUUUGAUCCAAUCAAGCACCAUAAUCACUUUUGUCCUUGGGUGAAUGGAAAUGUUGCUGCAGCUGGCUGUAGUAGUGGUGGUGGCUCUAGUUCGAGUGGUGCUGUCGCACUUUGUGGUUGGCAGCUAACAUUAGAUGCUCUAGACGCAUUCCAAUCUCUAGGACAGGUUCCAAUCCAAACAGUGGAGUCUGAAUCUGCGGCUUCCAUGUAUAAGGAUGAUCGUCUUGCUCCAAGCCAGAAGCUCUUACCGCGCCACUCUUUCAACAAAAGUCAUGGGAAGAACUGA